UAGAGAGGAGGAUCUCCUGAGUGAAGAAGGAGAGUUUCUGCUUUUGAUUAGAACUACUUCUUACUAAACGAGUGUGAUGGAAUCAGUUUCAGAAAUGAAUCUGAACCAGAGGCCAGUUCAGCGCCGAUUAAAGCUGAACCGAGAGAGCUGGAUUAAUACCCCCCAGCGAGGGCAGAACCAACGUCCUUCUAGAAGGGACAGAAGGCGCAAAAUCUCAACUGUUGACUCUGAGAUUAAUCAGACCAUCAACAGGGGGAUUAAACACAGGCUGCAGAACGAGGAUGAAGUCAUCCGGGAGAGUUCUGCAAAAAGGAAGGUGUUGGAGAAGACAGCAGGGAGACUUGAGAUCACCAUAAAACAAUCCACCAGGAAGUGGAAGAGCACUGACUCUGCAAAGGACACAGCACCACCGAAGAAACCUGAGAUCAGUCUGAACAAAGGGUUACUGAAUAAUCAUUCGGGGCUGUUCCCCCCGGAUGUCCAGGCCAGGCGACACCCCAGAUCUGCACAUUACAGCAGUGAACUUCAUCAAGGAUCCUGCCUUUACUCAGCAUUAAACAUGCUGGCUAUAAUUUAUACUUUCCUCAGUGACUGUGUGUGUUUUUUCUUUUUAAACACCAGCUACAUGACUGCAGGCACAGAUUUAAUAAUUAAACAGACAUAUCAUGUUCCUCCAAUGAAGGCACAGUGGGCUUAA